AUGCGCCUCGGCGUCGAUGUCGGCGGGACCUUUACCGAUGUGUUCUGGCUCGACGAGCGGACGGGGCGGUUCGGCAUCGGCAAGGUGCCGUCCGUCAGGGACGACAUCGCCAAGGGGUUUCUGCAAGGGAUCGCGACCUCGGUUGCCGAGCCCGCGACCAUCGGGUCCGUGGUCCACGGCACCACCGUCGGCACCAACGCGCUGCUCGAACGGAAGGCGGCGCGCACCGGGCUGAUCACCACGAACGGCUUCCGCGACGUGCUGGAGAUGCGCCGGCGCGACCGGCCCAAUACCUGGGGGUUGUGGGGCAGCUACCGGCCGGUGGUGACCCGCGACCUGGCGAUCGAGGUCGACGAGCGGGUGCUCGCCGACGGCUCCAUCCGCAGGCCGGUCGAUUCCGACGAGGUGACCCGCGCGGCGCUGGCGCUAUUGCAGCGCGGCUGCGAGGCGGUCGGCAUCGUCUUCAUCAACGCCUAUGCCAACGACGCCAACGAGCGCGCCGCGCUGGAGGCGGUGCGCGCGGUCUGGCCCAACCCCCAUGUCAACGCCUCGUCGCUGAUCCUGCCCGAAAUCCGCGAAUUCGAGCGGGCAUCGACGACGGCGCUCAAUGUCUGCCUGCAGCCGAUCUUCGGCGCCUAUCUGGAAGGCGUCGAGGCCGGGUUCGCGCGCCAGGGGAUCGACGCCGAAUUGCUGAUCGUCCAGUCCAAUGGCGGGGUGAUGUCGGUCGACACGGCGCGCUCUCUCCCGGUUCGAACCACGCUGUCGGGACCCGCCGCGGGGGUGAUCGCGGGCGCGCGGAUCGCCGAGGCCGCGGGGUUCGCCAACGUGAUCACCUGCGACAUGGGCGGCACCAGCUUCGACGUCGCCCUGGUCGCCGGGGGCAAGAGCGCCUAUUGCCUGCAAACGGCGAUCGAUUUCGGCCUGGUCGUGCGCACGCCGAUGAUCGAGAUCACCACCAUCGGGGCCGGCGGCGGCUCGAUCGCGGCGGUCGACCGCGGCGGCUACCUCGCCGUCGGCCCCGAAUCGGCGGGCGCCGAUCCCGGCCCCGCCUGCUACGGACGCGGCAACGACCGGCCGACGGUGACCGACGCCAAUCUGGCGCUCGGGCGGAUCAACCCCGACCGGCCGAUCGGCGGGGGUCUCGACCGGCUCGAUGUCGACGCCGCCGCCGCCGCCAUCGGCAAGCAUGUCGCCGCGCCCCUCGGCCUCGAUGUCGAGGCGGCCGCCGAGGCGAUCGUCAAGGUCGCCAAUUCCAACAUGGCCGGCGCCAUCCGGCUGGUUUCCAUCGAGCGCGGCUACGAUCCGAAGAUAUUCGCGGCCAUGCCGUUCGGCGGCGGCGGCGCGCUCCAUGUCGGGGCGCUGAUCCGCGAUGUCGGCCUCGCCAGCGCGCUGAUCCCGCGCUUCCCCGGCGUGACCAGCGCGCUCGGCUGCGUGAUCGCCGACAUGCGCCAUGAUUCGUCCACACCAUCAACCGGCCGCUCGACGCGCUCGAUGUGGCUGCGCUCGACGCCGAGAUGGCGGAGACCGCGGAACGCGGGCUCGCGCUGCUGCGCCGGUCGGGGGCCGAUCUGGAGCGCCUCGAAAUCGCCUUCGAACUCGACAUGUCCUAUAUCGGCCAGACCCACACGGUGCCGGUUCCGCUGCCCGCGCGGCUCGCCGGCGGCGCCACCGAUGUCUCCGCCGGGAUGA